UUAUACGAGAACAAUCAAUGGCGAUGUCAGUUGCAGUUGGCAGUAAGAAUUUUUAUUCGGUCAGAUCUACGCUUUGCAAGCAGUUGUACUAAUCAGGCUUGUCGAGGCGGUACUAGAUGGAGUCAGAUGUCACUGGCAAGAAUAAGUUGAUGGUCAAGUCAAUACCCGCCAAGGAGAGUUCCUAUGCGAAAAGGGCCGUCAGCGAGCGACAGCCUGACAUUGAGAUGAUCGAUGACCCCACCUUACUGCUUCCCAUUAAUCAACCUUUGUCUUCCAUCCUGCAAUGGUUAGAAGCCCGGAUCAACCAUGAAGGUCGAGUCGCCAUGCUUAGGGAAUGUUAUCGCUACAAAGAAGAGACAUCGUUCGAAGAACUUCGGCUCAAAUAUGCUCAGUUCCGUAAACGUUACAAGAAACCAAAUUACAUCCAUCGUCAAAUCACCACCGUCGACUGGAACGCUCGUCCAUCCUAUGAGGUGCCGAAGCAAAAGGCUCGCACUAGUCAUCCAGUCUUAUUCACAACUUUUCAGGCAACGCCUCCCAUCGCGUCCCAACAGCCUGUUCCUGAAUGCGAAAAGCCAGCCACUCCAGAGCCGCUGCAGGCUCCACCUUUACCCAAACAUGAUCUUGCUGCUCCAACAGAGGACGUCGUCGAGAUACCUAUUAAGAACUACCGUCAGUGGGAAAAGGUCACGGAAUGCUUGCAUCAUCAUUCGUCUUACCACGAUGUAUCCUCUCAGACCACCACCGAACAUCAACACUUGUCCCGUUAUGCCUCCCCUACCAUUGUUCUCUCCCGUGUCGCAUUCAAAGUGGAAGCCAAACUGGGUGAAGGCGGCAUGGCCAAGGUUUACCGGGUGAGACAACACCAAAAACAAGAAGCCGUCGCUAUGAAGAUCGAAGCCCCACCGAACCCAUGGGAGUAUUACAUACUGCACCAAUUAUUCCAUCGAUUGCCAGAUGCCCAAGCCAUUAUUCGACCACGAUCUUUCCUACACUACGGGAAUGUGAGCUUUUUGCUGCUGGAUUACCUACCGCAAGGCACCUUGUUGGAUUGUCUUAAUGUCCAACGCCAUGUACACCAGCAAUCCGGCAUGCCUGAACCCUUGGCGAUGUUAUUUAUCAUGGAAUUUCUGAAUAUCAUGCUCGGGAUCCAUCGAGCAGGCAUCAUUCAUUGUGACUUGAAGCUUGAUAAUCUUAUGCUUCAUUUCCCAACCACGCCAACCACCGAUAUUGCGGAAUGGCGUUCCAUACGUGUCAUUGAUUUCGGGCGUGCCAUCGAUUUGACCCUUUUCAACGAAAAUACGACAUUUCUGGCAACAUGGCCUGCGGAACCUAAUGACUUGCGCGAAAUUAUUGAAAAGAAACCUUGGCUGCCCUGGUCCAUUGAUUACUGGGGAGUGGCAGGGAUGGCUCAUUUAUUGCUCUUUGGAUUACCGUUAUCAGUGAAAAAGAAUCGUCGGCAAUCCACGUGGGAGAUACAACAGACCAUCAAACGGUAUUGGCACAAGACGCUGUGGACUCGGUUCUUUUCGAUGAUGCUCAAUCCUGGAACGAUGGGAGAUUUGCCGAUUACAGACGCGAUCGAAAGCCUCGUGACAGAUAUGAAGGACACUCUGACAGCUGAAUCGAAGCAAGCCAAUAACAAAUUAUCCUUAUUGAUGAAACAACUGCAGGAAACAAUGAUCACGUAAACGAUGCUGAGGAAUACGGUGUAUUUCAUGCGUAUCGAUCUUCAACCCAGAUACGGCAUACAUUGUGAUUUGAAAAUCGGCGCCGAUCGUGAUGCCCACCUCUG